AUUUCAAUAACACAUGAGUGUGUGAUUGACGGUAUAUAGUGAUAUCGCUUAAUUACCGAAAUGCCGAACCCGUUGUACUUUUUGCAAAACGUUCGGGCUUUCAAAGGCGCCGGGGCUUCGAGCGAGGAGAAUACUAUCAAGAAUAACAGUGACAGUGACCCUCCGACAAGCGGAAAUGAUCUUGUCCAUUUUGGAAACGACGACCCUCCUGGACCCGUUGUCAUCAAUGUUGGCAGGCACGAGAGCACUCUCUCUACUUGGGAGAGCUGGAUGAAAAAACGUGGGGUAGGAAACGGGACAAGAGAUACAACACAAAAAGCAGAACUACAAACGAUGAUACCAAAGUCCGGAAACCGGCUUUCACGGGGAAAAUCUGCCGAGGAACCACAAGUGGAAAAAUUGGCCGAAGUCUGUCUCCUCAGCCACAGCCCCUACCGUAUUCUGCGGGCAGCCGAGAGCGGAAGUCUCGAGGAAUUCACACGGCUCUACCGGAACGAACCUGGCCGUUUGAAUAUCCAGGAUGGCCGAGGUAGGGCCGCGGUGCAUCAAGCCGCGGCCAGAAACAGAGUCAACAUUCUCCAGUUUAUUCACACCAACGGCGGAAAUAUGAACGUUCAAGAUAAUGUUGGAAAUACUCCACUUCACGUAGCCAUCGAAAACGUUUGUCUUGAAGCUAUCGACUUCCUCCUCCUCAACAACGUCGAUACUUCAAUUCUGAACGAAAAGAAACAGGCCCCAAUUCAUAUGGCGACUGAACUGAACAAAGUGGAUGUACUUAGUACGAUGUUAAAGUACCGGGAUAAAAUCGACGUACAGCAGGGUGGCGAACACGGGAGGACAGCGUUGCAUCUCGCUGCCAUCUAUGACCAUGACGAAUGCGCCAGGAUAUUGAUCACCGAUUUCCAAGCUUCCCCAAGAAAGCCCUGCAACAACGGAUAUUACCCGAUUCACGAGGCUGCGAAGAACGCGUCGUCAAGGACAAUGGAGGUGUUUUUGCAAUGGGGUGAGUCCAAGGGUUGCACGCGAGAAGACAUGAUCUGUUUCCACGACGCCGAAGGCAACGCACCCCUGCACUCGGCUGUUCACGGCGGAGACAUCAAGGCUGUCGAACUUUGUCUGAAGUCAGGAGCAAAAAUAUCAACCCAACAGCAGGACUAUUCCACCCCCGUGCAUCUGGCCUGCGCUCAGGGUGCCAUCGACAUCGUAAAGCUAAUGUUCGCUCUUCAGCCAUCGGAGAAAUACGCGUGUUUGAUGUCAUGCGACGUGCAGAAGAUGACGCCUCUCCACUGCGCCGCGAUGUUUGACCACCCGGAGAUAGCUGAGUACCUGAUUCUCGAGGGAGCCGACAUAAACGCACUGGACAAGGAGAAACGGUCUCCAUUGCUCUUGGCUUCUGCUAGGGGCGCUUGGAGAACGGUUCACAGCCUGAUUCGCCUCGGCGCCGACAUAUAUCUGAAGGACGUUAACCACAGGAACGUUUUACACCUGGUCGUCAUGAACGGCGGAAGGCUGGAGGAGUUCGCGGAAGAAGUAAGCAAGUCCAACGUGAGCCUGCUCCAGUUGUUGAACGAAAAAGACGACACCGGUUGUUCGCCGCUCCACUACGCCAGUCGCGAGGGUCACAUUCGGAGUCUGGAGAACCUCAUACGUCUCGGAGCUUGCAUCAAUCUGAAAAACAACAAUAAAGAAAGUCCUCUUCAUUUUGCAGCAAGGUAUGGAAGGUAUAACACAGCGCGGCAGCUUCUCGACUCAGAAAAGGGAACGUUCAUAAUAAACGAAAGCGACGGAGAAGGCUUGACGCCACUGCACAUCGCCUCGCAGCAAGGACAUAUGCGAGUCGUUCAGCUGCUCUUGGACAGAGGUGCACUUCUUCAUCGAGAUCACAACGGUCGGAAUCCUCUACACCUAGCAGCAAUGAGCGGCUACACUCAGACGAUGGAGCUUCUCCACAGCGUCCACUCGCAACUGCUUGACCAAAUAGACAAGGAUGGCAACACCGCUUUGCACCUGGCUACUAUGGAGAACAAACCCAACGCCAUAUCCCUGUUAUUAUCAAUGGGCUGCAAGCUGCUCUACAAUUUUAUGGACAUGAGUGCGAUCGAUUAUGCCAUAUAUUACAAAUUCCCUGAAGCGGCAUUGGCAAUGGUUACUCACGAGGAGAGGGCGCAAAAAAUCAUGUCUAUGAAGUCGGACAAACAUCCUUGCGUCACUCUCGCUCUGAUCGCAUCCAUGCCACGGGUAUUCGAAGCUGUCCAGGACAAGUGUAUUACGAAAGCGGACUGCAAAAAGGACUCGAAAUGCUUUUACAUCAAAUAUUCCUUCGCCUGUCUCGAGUGCCCGACUCAGGAUGAUAAAUUUGGUGAAACUUUAGUAGCAACCACACCUGUUCCCCUCCCGGCUCUCAAUGCAAUGGUAAUUCACGGCAGAGUAGAGCUGCUGGCUCAUCCUCUCAGUCAAAAAUACCUACAAAUGAAAUGGAAUUCUUACGGGAAAUAUUUUCAUAUAGCCAACCUUCUCUGCUACACAAUUUUCCUCACCUUCGUCACCCUCUUUUCGUCUCAACUGAUGAACAUGACUAGUGGAAACAGGAUGCUUAUCGACAUGAACAAUAUGAAUGGAUCUAACGUAACCAUGAACGAAGAAAUUCGACAGCGUCUCUCGACAACCGAAGACUUCAAAACAACCACGGCAAUGUCAGUCAGCGCAAUGGUGACAAUGAUUUACGUAACUUUGAGCGUUUUUCGCGAAGUACUUCAGCUCUACCAGCAAAGGUGGAAGUAUUUACUUGACCCGACGAACCUGGUCUCUUGGCUCUUAUACAUAUCUUCCAGUAUAAUGGUCGUGCCAAUUUUCAUCGGCAGACUAGACGAGAUUCAGUUUUCUUGCGCAUCGAUCACCGUUUUUCUUAGCUGGUUUAAUUUGCUAUUACUGUUGCAAAGAUUCGAUCAGGUCGGGAUAUACGUUGUCAUGUUCCUCGAAAUACUGCAGACGUUGAUCAAAGUGUUUCUUGUAUUUUCUAUCCUCAUUAUCGCCUUCGGUCUCUCCUUCUACAUUCUCCUGUCAAAGGGCAACCACAUCUCGUUUAACAGCGUACCGAUGUCACUUAUGACAACAUUCGCCAUGAUGCUGGGGGAAAUUGACUUUCACGGAACCUACGUCGAGCCGUAUUACCAUCGCUGCACCAAGUGCCGUCCUGAAGAUACUAAAGGUCUACCCUUUCCACUACCAGCCUUCAUCAUACUCGGUCUUUUCAUGGUUCUUAUGCCGAUCUUACUCAUGAACUUGCUCAACGGUCUAGCAAUUGGUGAUAUAGAAUCCGUCCGCAGGAAUGCUCAACUUAAGAGACUGGCCAUGCAGGUUGUCUUACACACCGAACUUGAGAGGAAACUACCCCAAAUGUUACUGAAAAAAGUUGACAAAAAAGAACUGAAAGUCUACCCAAACGAAAUGAAAUGCAAACUUGGUUUUCUUGACUUCGUACUGAAGAAAUGGUUCUGUAAUCCAUUUUCAGAUGACGACGAUGCGCGCAGAGUAGCGGUAGAAAAUCAACCAGGAUUUCCAGCUGCCAACCGAGCUCACGGUACAGACAUGGUGUUAGAAAAUAAUGAAGAUUACGUGACUCAGGAAUUGGAGAAACAGAAACGGCGACUCAAAGAAAUCACUUUGUCGUUAGAAUCGCAACACCAGCUACUACGUCUCAUAGUACAGAAAAUGGAGAUAAAAACCGAGGCUGACGACGUGGACGAGGGUGUGUCUCCUGGCGAAUUGAGACUUGUAUUGAAAAUUAACAACAAAUGGAAUUUUCCAAGGAAUAACAGAAAACUUCGAAGUGCCGUGAGCUUUAGCAGAGGAUCCUCACCGUAGAGUAUUUUCCGGAGGUCAAACCUUAUUGCCCUUUGAGGGUUUCGAUGUGGGUGCAAAGAAUAUAGUCCGUGCGUAACACAGACGCGAAUUGAAUGUUGUGAUAUCGAUAACAGAUAAUUGUAGUAUACUUGUUUCAUGUAUUGCCAUAUUUUAAUUCAUUCACUGUACAGACCAAACGAAUUUAUCGAUACAUCAAUUUUAUCCCUUUCGAAUUUAACUUGUGCAACUCAAGUGCCGGUCGUGAUUUUUUUACAAGAAAAGAAAGAAAAAAGCAAAAAGAAAAAAAAAACUAUUUUGUUUUCGGUCAUUUAUUCAUACUAUACUUAAUAUUGUGGGUACAUUUUUACAUUAU